UUCUUCAUUGUACACGCAAACCAAAGUGAGGAUGAUGUUGGAUUAUUAAUUUUGAGAGUUUGUUGUUCAAUUAAAAAGGGUGUGUGUAAUUAAGCAUACGAUUUCAGUUAGUAUCAGAUUUGCAUUUACUUUAUAACAAUUACCCUACAAUAUUAUUCCAUUGGAAACACUUAAACUGCUCUCGUUACGUCGUCUUCAAGAAGGUUAAUCUCUUUAAAUUUUAUCUAGGCCUAGCCUAGGCCUACUAUAGGCCUCAUACACUACGUACGAUAGCCAAGCUCUAAAUUUUACUUUUUAGGCUACAGGAGUCGCAGUCUAGCACUAGUAAAGUGUUCUGAUGCGCCGUGGUACCGGUGAACCGGCCAGUUACUCUAGGCCUCCUGCUCAAACUGACAGAGACGUGUCUGAAAACAACCAGAGAAAAGGUAUGCAUUUCGUGAACAAUUCUCGGACACGUCCCAAGACUAGACCUCGUCCAAAAUCCAAUGAUAAAAACCUUUUAGUUAAUGUUCUUCGAUGGAAGCUACUUCGGUGCCUGAUCUUAUUGAUAGUUGUGUUUUGUAUAUUGUAUGGCAUUUUCGUAUAUACUGGACCCACCACUGGGAAAGACAUUCAUGGACAUGAUCGUUACCUGCCCAAUGAAGCCAUUAGCUUUGUACAUGGAGAUCAUAUGGAUGUUAUUCACAUAGAGCAUCGUGGAGGGCAAGUGGGUAACCAAGCCAAGUUACCACAGGCUCCUGGGUUCGUACCACCUCAAAAUCAAGAGCAAUUUGUCGGUAAGGGUUUACCACAGUCAAAUAAUUUGGGCCAGAAUCAACCAAAACAUGACAUCCAACAACCACCUGGUGAUGUUGCAAACCAGGGACAGAACUUGCUGCAGCAACCACCUAACGUGCCCCUAGUCCUGCCAGACAGCACAGGAACUGGUGAGUUCCCGUACCACGUCAUUCAAAGUCUGACCAACACCGAUAAAAGACCGCACUUGAAGACUCGCUUUGAGGAGUGCAUGAUAUCAAUACUGGACAAGUCCUCUGUCAAUCUUCAUUUCUUCUUUGUUGUGGAUAAGCCAAGUAAAGAGGCAAUUAUGAAUAUUAUGCAAGACAUAACAAAUAAGAGAAUUGCUAUUUCCAAAUUUCAGUUUAACUUUCUGGAUGUUGAUGAGCUUGCAAAAGAGCUUGCACCGAUGGUAUUGAUGCUGCAGGAGCAUGUCAGUGGAGGACAUCCCUACUACGGUGAUGCCAUAUUCUUUCUGUCAAUUGCCAUCCACCAGCAUGUCAUGCCAGAAUAUGUCCAUCGUCUUAUCAUGCUUGACACAGACCUCAUAUUCAAGAGUGACAUUAAACGGUUGUUUGACCACUUUGACCUCUUCAAAUCCAACAACAUCAUGGGAAUCGCCCACGAACAGCAGCCAGUAUAUCGUCACAUGUUCUCAUUGUACCGAUCGCAGAACCGUGGAACACUUGUUGGCGAUCCACCUCCAAAUGGUUUGACUGGUUUCAACAGUGGUGUCCUACUUUUAGAUUUGGAUCGUAUGCGUCGAAACACACUGUACCAUUCGUACUUAGAUGGGCCAACUACCAAGAAGUUGACAGAGAAAUAUCAUUUUAAAGGCCACCUGGGAGACCAAGAUUUCUUCACACUGCUUAGCCUUGAUCAUCCAGACUUUUUUCAUGUGUUGCCUUGUAGUUGGAACAGGCAACUUUGUGUCUGGUGGCGUGAUAAAGGCUACGCAGAUGUGUUUGAUCAGUAUUUCAGUUGUCCUGGUAAAAUUGAUAUUUAUCAUGGCAACUGCAACACUCCCAUUCCUAAAAUGCCUUAGUUAGAGUAAUGCAACAGUCGACUGCAAAUAGUACAGUAGUCAGUACAAGUAUAAUUUCAUAGUUAAAAAAAAAAUACCCAGCCAAUUACUAAAUUUAUUACUAUUAAAAUACAGAAAUCUAUAUUACCUUUAAUGUAGUUUGAUGGCAAUUUACAACAUUCCAAUUAAACACCAUUCCUAAUCUA